AUGGGUUGGUGGAAAGCAGAUCCAGUACCAGCCUCUACCGAACCACCACCACCACCAUUGCCGUCAGCACUACCUCUAUCUCAUCCGCCCGUCGCGAGCACCUCUCAAGCAGAUGCCUGCCCUGUAGACUCCAAGACUCGGGAAAUAUGGCUGCAGCAAGCAAAGGCACAACGACAGCAGCAAAAGCGGCAACAAGAGCAAGCCGUGUCUACAAUUCCAUCAGUGACGGCACCCACUUUUACCAGUACCACCGCAGCGCAAUCGCAAGAGUGCUCCUCUGAUCUUCCUCACGGUCGGACUACGAGGACUCUGUCACAAGACAGAGAGGUCUCAACUAUCCCGCGAGCACAACUCGGUCUCCCAGCAUCGACCCCGUCCAAUUCUGAACAAGAGACAGGCCAGAGCAAAAGUGGCAACUGGAUCUAUCCAUCUGAGACACAGUUUUUCAACGCUGUUAUGCGCAAGUCGACCACUAGCACAUCUCCUCAAGACCUUGCUCAGUCCAUCUCAAGUAUAAUACCCAUACAUAAUGCAGUCAACGAACGCGCGUGGCAUUUGAUUAAACAGUGGGAAGGCGAUUCCUCAAAAGCUUGUGGCGGACCAAAGCUACUGAGUUUCCAGGGCCUUGGUGCUGGUGCUCUAUCACCAAAGGCCAAAUGGAAGACUACAGUCAUGGGUGCCUUGGAGCCAUUCGACAGGCACGAUUGGAUCGUUGAACGUUGUGGAGGCCAACAAGUAGAGUACAUUAUCGAUUUCUACCAAGGCAAGGAACGAGAAGAUGUUGAUCCGAGACGCCGAGCUCAGGAACUCAACUUCUACCUCGAUGUUAGGCCUAAAUUGAACACUUUCGAAGGCUGGAAAAUGAGAGCUGAAAGAUACAUGGGCUGGAGAUGA